AUUACGCAUCGUACCACGUAAAAGAACUCCAACUUCUUCCCAGACUCUUCCUUCCUCAUCGGGAAACCCAUCAUCGAAGUCUCAGCAGAGACCGAAUUGCAAAAUUCACGCCAAUCAUAAAAAAUGGGAGGGGGAGCAGCGAUGAGGUCGGUGGCAAAGGCCGCCGGGGUAGGAUUGAUGAGCAACGGUCUUCGCGGUGGCCCUGCGGUUGUACCCCCGGCGGAGCAGAACGUGCUCAACGUGGCUCGUCCUGUCUCCGUGAUUUUGUCGUCUCAGGGGAACAAAGGUUCUGUCGAUGUUUGCUCCGUUCAGAGGCCUUCGUGGGAGCUUGACGACUGGGAAUUCUCCGGCGGUGAGGAUCUUGUGACGGGGACUGUUGUUGACCCUGAGUCAAUGGCCAGGGUUGUGUUCGGAGGUGCUCCAAGCAUAAAUGAAGCUAAGGAGGCAACAAAUGAAUUGAAGGACGCCCUGCAGAAGGUGUAUCUGUCAUCUCCCAAUGCUACUGGGUGCAAGGAUUCAGUUGAAGUUGGUCGGGUGUUUGUGCCUUUGUUUAUGAACUCUGGAUAUGUGGAGAAUGAAAGCUGUAUAGUCAGUGGCACUGAAUCUGUGCCAAAACAUGCUGUCCGGGCAUUUAAAAUGCUCACUGAAAGCCCUGCAGUACAGUCUGUUGUUGCUUCACUUGCAUGCGACCAAAAUGUCUGGAAUGCUGUCUUGCAAAAUGAAGCUCUUGUUGAUUUUCUCCAAGCUCAGAAAUCCGGUUCUGGGAGUCAAGAUCAGGUAUCUCCGAUGCAGUUCGAAGAAUUAUCUGAUAAUGCACUUCAUGACUCUGAUAAUGGAAGCCAAGCUGGAUACACUGCAGUAUCUGACAAUGCAAUUCAUGACUUUGAAAAUGCAAGCCAAGCUGGAAACUCUGGAUCUGGGUUUGAGAAUUUUGUCCAGAAUAUCAAGCACAAGGUGGUUGACAUGGUGAAUAACGUGUCUGAUUUCUUUCACAAUAUCUUUGGUUCUCCUUCGGCUGAGAAUCUUUCUGCAAAUGCUGAUAGCAAGUCGUCCUCCAUUGACAAGACCUUGAUAGGGCUGGCUAUGAUGGUUAUAAUGGUGGUUUUGUUCAAGCGUGCUUGAGAGUUCAUUUCUUCUGCAAGCCUCCCGUAACUUCAGACUUUUAUAAUAUGUUUGAUAUUCUGUUUCACUAUUAUCAGUGAAUAAUGAGUUCCAUACUAAAACAUAUGUCUAGCUACUGCCCAUAUGUAAAUCUGAUGCAGAUAUGCUCAUAUGUUGAACUGAUAACUCAUUUCUAGCUGCAGUGUGCCUAUAAAUUUGCUACGCAUACAAAUCGUAACUGACAUUUUUUUC